AUGGAUCUCGAGCCGCAACCAUGGACGGCAGCCGGCAGCUCGCCGAGCCUGGACAGGUCUCUCUUGCCUCCUGAGAUCUGGCACCAUAUCUUCACUUUCUGUCCGCCCAAAUCGUUGGGCAAGCUGUUGGCUGUCAACAAGUUGUUCAAUCUUUAUCUUGAUCCCGCCUCGUCGUCACCAAGAGAUGUUCCCGGCUCUGCAACCCGGGGCGUCCUAGAGCCCAUGGAGCCCAAUGCCAUCUGGCAGGCUUCGAGGCGGUUGUUUUGGUCUCAUAUGCCCGCCCCGCUCCGGUCAAAGACCGAGCUCGACAUGUGGCGCCUCGCAUGCUCCCCGAGGUGUCAGGCGUGUGGCAAGCUGGACGCUCGGGAGAGAUCCGGCCGCCCGGACCCCCGCCAUCCCGGCCCCGGUCCAGAGGGGGUCACCGCCAUCUGGACAUUCGGCAGCCGCCUGUGCGGGUCCUGUCUUCUAAAGUCGUCCAUCAAGGACAUCGAUUUACUCAUAUCUUCUUCCCUGCCAUCCGCUGUUAUCCCCGCCCUACCCUUCGUCUUCAUCACUCAGGAUCUCGAUGUUUUUUCGGCUACUACGCUUGAGCAAGGUCAGCUCCCGCCCAGCUCCCCCGUUACCAAAUGGUUUUCUUCCUCAGACGUCAAAGCUCUCGAGGAGGAGUUUGCCCAGGUCAGGGACAUGGGCCAAGGGACAGUGGGUGAGUGGCUAAAGGGUCUGGACGGCCGAGGCAGCGCCCUGCAGCACGAUGCAUCAAAGUGGGAGAAGUGGGAACUAUCGGGAGGUACUGCGAAGAUGUGUUCGCAGCUGUAUCCCGGAUAUGCGAGAAAGGUCCCCCUCCCUCAGCCCCAAAAGUUAACGACCGAUGGAUCCCUUCCUCCGCCCAGCCUGCGCCAGUCACUACCCCUCGGGCGCCACGAGCGGACUGCCGAAGAGAUUGUGGAGCUGAAAGCUGCCAGGCGAGCGGAAAUCGAGCGACGGGCUCUGCUGUUGGACCCGCCCUUGACAGCAGACGUCCUUCGCCACAUCCCUUCUUUUCAAGCCGCCACACAGAUCGUUGCCCGGUUCGACGACGACGCCUGGGAACGGCUCAAACCUAGGUUGUUGGCGCAGCGAGCAGAUGCCGAGAAGCUCCGGGACGGCGAGCUCGCAGCCAAAUCCGAGCCAAAACAGGACCGCCGGGAACAACGGCGUCUCGAGGUAACUCUGGCUACCACGAUGGAGGCUCGAGACCGCAUUGAUAAGGCUUGGGAGGAGGCGCAGGCUCCGUUGCGCGCUAAAAUCGCUGGGUUUGCGGACGACGUAAUCCGAGACAGCUGGGGUAAGGGCAAGAAGGUCACAAGAGAGAACUGUUCCCGCUUCGCCGUCGAUGCUCUGCUCCAGGUUCGUGCUCGGUUUUACGCCGAAGUCGCAAAGGAGGCCGCUGCGGCGAGGGCAGCCGGCAGGAAGCCUACCACGGACCCCCCGGAAGGGCCGUUCACCCAAAAACUGACUCUGGAGAACAUGAAGUGGAUAUUUGACACCAAGAUCAAACCCCACACCGAGCCUUUUCGCAAGGAACUCUUUUAUUGCAGUGGCUGCGUGGGGAACUUCAAGCAGUUCGGAUUCGAGGGGGUCAUCCAGCAUUACGCAGCAAAACAUACCAAUGCUCUCAGCUUGGGAAGCAUUGUCGUCCACUGGAGAGCUGAGUGGCCGGCGCGCCCUCCCUUCAGCGCCACAGCGCGGCCUCCCAAGGCCACGUUCAACCCGCAUGCCCGGAGCGGAUAUGCCGUCAACGGAGGUGCGCCUCCGUUCGCAGGUUACAACUACCCGCCCCAACAAGGGACAAUGCCUGCGCCGCCGGCCGCCUACCCACCUGCGAUGGGGUAUGGAUACGCUACGCAGACAAACAAUGACUACUAUCAACAACCACCCCAUCCGCCGCAACCUUACCAACCGUCCCCAAUUGCCCCCCACUUCCCACCGCAGCCCGGCUACGAUCAACAGCCAUCGUACCCGCCGCCGCCGCCGACCGCCUACCCUCCUUAUCAGCCUCCGGUCAUGCCAUAUCCCGGAGCAACUGCUGAGCCGGCGCAGAGUUUUAUCCCCCCUCCAGGUGGACACUACAAUCAUCAAUAUGGGACUUACCAACCAGGUAGUACUGGUGACUCGUACGCUCCGUCCCAGCCCUCGGCUUUCCCCGAUCCCUAUCAAACCAAGGUAGAGGACAUUGCCCGCAACUCCCGCGAGGUCUGGCGGGCGCUGGGCGAUAUCAAGGAUCUCCCCGGAAGCGUGAGGGUUUUCGUGACUAUCCACCAUUUGGUCAAGAGAUUCAGGUCGAGGUUCUACGAAACGCCGCCGCUGACUAUGUUCAUUGAUGGUCUGUCCAACAACAAGGAGAUGCGGCCCGUCCGCAACGUCAACGGACUCGUUUGCAAGGCCUGCCAUCUAGGGCUCGGUAAUGCAAAUACGGUAGAGCAGGAUCGGAAACGCUUUUCCCUGCCGCAGCUGGCGAAUCACUUCCAGUCCAAGCACGUUGAACCAGCGCAGACGACGCCUGCGCCGCUGGACUGGGUGCUGGACAUGGUGCUGCUCCCUGACCUCACGGUGCUGUCCCAUCUCGCUUCUUCUAUCAGCAAGGCCCAAAGGGCACUGCUAGCAGCAGCUAUUCCGUCAGCCUUUACACCGCGACCCGUUUCUACGACGGCAAAGGAGCUUCCAGAGCAACAACAAGCCCUUGAGCCUCCACGGAGCGCCGCCGAAGGCUGCCAGUCCAUGCCGGCCACUGCCCGCGACGCGUCGAGCACAAGCAAUGGGAAUCCCACUUCAUCGGCGAACAAGGACGAGUCCUCCACUGUCUCAAAAUCCAUGGGUGUCGAUCAUCGUAGCUCGGCACAAUCUUCCCUCAUUGCGACACCCGGGGCGAUGUCGGACAAUGGCCAUUCUUCGGCUGGCAACGAGAAGGGCGGACAUUCGUCGCGACAGUCGAGACCAGUUCAUGGUCAGGACGGCUGCGGAGAUCAUGCAAAGGCGACCGGCAAUGAUAAUUGGGGAAGCCUCGAAGACACGGGUGGCCGGGGCGACCGAGUGUUCGGCCGAGGAGAGUCCACGACGGUUGAUGAGAGCAGACUGCGCGAAGGGCAGGAUGCGCGUGCCAUGCGCACAGCGUAUCCGGGAGUGACUACGGCCGUGCGUUUGCCUGGUUCCAACCCGGAACGGCCGGGAACGGUGGGCCCCUCUCUGGAUCAGGCUUCAGAGCAGCCGAACAGUGAGUCAUCUCAGCGGCUUGAGCCAAGAGAACAAGUGCCCCCUGUGAACGCGGACCAGGGGUCCAAUAUCAUGGCAGCGUUGGAGUCGCGCCUCGAGCAACGGCGGUUACCCCAGUUUCAGGUCCAGCAGGGGCGAUCAAGCGCCGAGUUGCCAACUUACCGGCACGUCUCUGCGGCACAAUACGACACCGAAUCGUACGCUCAACUUGGUGACAGAGCAGGCCGGGCUAGGUCUCCUGGUCGACAGCCCCAGUAUCGGGCGGAUUGGCUGAGAGUCGAAGGCAGCAAUUCGUCUGGGCGGCAAGUAGACGUGACCUACUAUUCCGGACCGGCCCCAGGGGGCGUCCGGCACGAAGCGUACAGCCCCGGGCGAACUCAUCAUGCCGAGUUCAGCGAACCACACCUUCUACGCUCUGAAGAACGGCGGUUCGGCCUGCCGGAUCCACGGGCAAACAGUCGCAGCCACGGCACAGUAACGGCAGAGACUGAGUACUACCGGCAUCACGAGGAUAUGCGCAUGCCGCCGCGUCCGCCUAUCGAAGCGUAUGAGAUCGUCCAGGUCAUCGACGAGCACGGGGAAUACUACAUCCGGCGGCCGGUACGGCGCCUCCCAGAUGCACGCUACGUUUACGACGAGAGGAGGGUGCACCGCGACAUUGUUUCCGGUGCUGCUGCCGAGCCUGGCUACGCUCCUGUUUCUCGAUCGAGUCUGCCCCGAGAAGCGGUUCAGGCCAGACCGGCGGCCGGGUCUUGGCCAACUGACCGGGGCGCUGAUUCGGCAUACUACGAGGAGUAUGACCCGCGGUUCCCAGCCGCUUGA